AACACAAUCCCGGGACUAAUUACUUAUUAGUUCUGAAGUAAUUCAAGUUCCUUUGCAUACACUUACGCAUCGCCACUCCAAAGCGACACCCUACCUGUAUUGCUAAAGAUGCCGCCCAAGGGUGCGACCAAGAAGAGGGCCGCGAACGACGGUUCCACCACUCAUACACCUACUCUCUCCGAGCAGCUGUCAUACCUGCACAGUCCUCGUCCAUUCAAAAAUCCUAACUACAUAAAAAAUGCGAAUCGUCGAACCAAGAACCUGAAAACCGUGCUAGGUCAGGAACGGGAGAAAGAGCGGGUCGAAAGGGAGAGGCGGAGACAAGAGAGAGAUAGUCAGGCGAUGGAUAUUGAUGAAGGCAAGAAAGAGCUUGUUGAGGUGAACGAGGAAAUCUCGACUUACCUAUCGAUAGAAGCACCACCAUCUGUUCUGCCACAGAGGCAUUACUGCGAUAUUACAGGGCUGGAGGCACCGUAUACCGAUCCUCGGACUGGACUGAGGUAUCACGACAAGAGCGUUUAUGAGCUUGUUAAGAACCUUAGCCCAAGCGCGGCGAAGGACUAUUUGGCUGCAAGGGGCGUAAAUCCCAUUGUCCGAUAGAUAGCCUAUCAUUCUCGACUGAUAUGGAUUCAUCAUCCGUGGCACCGACUGCUAUGCUCUAACAAAUCGCACACCCAGGUGUCCGUGGCUCUCUUGGAUGCACAAUUAUUCUGUACGAGAUAUAGGACCCCAGGGAUUGCAUGUGACACUAUAGGCUUUCCUUCAAUGCGAAUUCUACAUGUCGGUGAGAGGUUGUUAACCAAUACAAUGACUACAUGACAUCCACUCAGGGGAACAAGUUUACGGCUGGAUGGCCGAGUGGUCUAAGGCGCUAGAAUCAGGAUCUAGUCCGAAAGGGCGCGUGUUCGAAUCACGCUCCAGUCAAUAAAUUUUGUUCUGUCUUUUUUUCCUCGACUCGGGGCCCCAGAUCGGCCCCCUCAGUGUGUGAGAUACCUAAAUGUAGUUACUCCUUGUGGCGUACUUAACUCGUAC